AUGAUAUCGUACGAGAUUUGUGUGGGGACGUCAAAUAAACGAGAGAAAGAGAAAAAACGAUUAAGCAGGGCAAGCGUUUUUCUAAAGGGCAGGAUGUCAUUUUCAGCGAUAACGGUGCCAGCACGUGCUCGGCAUAGUGCAACAGUUAUUUUUGCACAUGGUUUGGGAGAUUCAGGAGCAGGAUGGGCAUUUUUAGGAGAACAAAUGAGUGCAUUGCCUUGUUUUCAUCAUAUUAAGUGGAUAUUUCCUAAUGCGUUGCCGAGUAGGCCGGUUACUAUUAAUAUGGGGAUGAUGAUGCCGAGUUGGUAUGAUAUUCGGUCAUUGGAUGGGGUCAAUGAGGAUGAGGAUGAAGAACAGAUGCUUAAGAGUGUACAUCAAUUGCAUCGGCUCAUUACGGAAGAGGUUGAAUAUGGGAUUCAAAGUGAACGUAUUGUUGUUGGUGGGUUUUCACAAGGUAUGACGGGUUUAACAUAUGAGCGAAAACUUGGGGGUAUUAUUGCGUUAUCAGGGUAUUUGCCGUUAAGGAACAAGAUUUGUGCUAUGACUUCGGAAUCAAAUUCAAAAAUACCGAUUUUUAUGGCACAUGGAAAGUCGGAUCCUAUUGUUAAAUUUGAGUAUGGAAAAGCGAGUGCUAGCAUUUUGAGGGACCAGAUAAAACAUAAUGUUGAUUGGAAGGAAUAUGAUGGGCUACAGCAUUCCACAAACCAGCAUGAGCUUAAAGACUUGUCUAUCUGGCUCGAAAAAAUACUUGGUUGA